UAUACGAGCCUUGGUGAGGUCUUUGACGCAUUUACAUUCAGUCGCACCUUUUCAACAAUCAACGAGUGCUUUGUCGUUGAAGACCAACCCUAUGGAAUAUCUUGGAUAGAUAUGAAGUGAGUUAGCUGUUCCAACGUUGGACAUUAUUCAGUGCCGGAUCGUGACUUCCCGGACGGUAUACGGUGACGAGACGUAGGUGCCGUAAAAUGCAAGAGUAUGGUGGAUCAGCGGCCGAGACUGCGACACUUAAUUCUGAAAGGCUCAAUCGAGAUGGGAGAAAAUUCUUCCAAUAUGUCACCACAAUUAUAGUCGGAUUGACCUUUUUGCAAACUGGAAUUACGCUGGGAUGGACAUCGCCUGUUCUACCUUACUUGAUGUCAGAAGAAUCCUUCAUAAGUGUGACCUCGGAGCAAAGUUCUUGGAUCGGUUCUUUACUUCAAAUUGGCGCAAUGGCAGGAGCAACACCAGCUGGAAAAAUAUCGGACGUUAUCGGAAGACGCCCGGCCAUUCUGAUGUUCAGCAUUUUAUUCCUAGUAUCGUGGUCCCUGCUGAUAUUUGGCAACAGUUUGUGGUACGUGUACCUGGCGCGGUUUCUCGGGGGUGUUGGAAGCGGUGCAAUUUCCGUAUCAGCAACAAUGUACAUCGGUGAAAUUGCGGAACCCUCUGUUCGCGGAGGUUUGGCGUCGUUUUUCGGGAUUUUCAUGGCUACCGGAAAUGUCUUAGCUUACGGUAUAGGCGCAUACUUAAGUUACACGAGUUUCGCAAUCAGCGGUGCUGCUUUGAUACUCCUCUUUUUCAUUUUAUCACCGUUUUUGACCGAAUCACCAGUUUGGUUGGUGCAACAAGGUCGAUACGAAGAGGCGAAAAAGCCCCUUUUGAUACUCAGAGGUACACAUUACGAUAUCGGAGCUGAGAUCGCACUUCUUCAAGAACAAUUGACCGUACGUAAAUCGCGGAAUGGGAAUUCCAUGGAUCUACUCGGAACCGUUCGAGGUCGCAAGGCAUUGAUGGUUGCUAGCGGUCUCAUGGUGUUUCAACAAUUUUCUGGGAUCGAUGCUGUCGUCUCUUAUACAGUGACUAUUUUUCAACUUGCCGGAAGCACCAUCGACCCCUUUACCGCCACGAUAAUGGUCGGUUUAACGGAAGUUUCAAUGGCAGUGUUGGGUAGCAGAAUCAUUGACAGAUUUGGUCGUCGUCCGUUGCUCAUAAUUUCGGGACUUGGAAUAGCGACCUGUUUCGUUUCUCUUGGUUACUACUUUCGGCUAAAGAGUUCUGGAGACGACGUUAGCAGCAUUGGUUGGAUUCCGCUGGCCAGUUUGUCACUUUACGUAAUUGCGUAUGCUAUUGGAUAUGGAAUGGUACCCUAUGUGAUGUACGGUGAAUUAUUUCCAGUAGAGACUAAGGGCGUUGCUAGCAGCUUCUCCGUUGUGAUAAACUGGUUAUUGGCCGCUACGGUAACAAAAUUAUUUCCAUCAAUGAUUUCGAACGUUGGAGAAGCGGGUACCUUCUUUUCUUUCGGGAUCAUGAUGAUGCUGGCAACUCUUUUCGCUAUAGUAGCUGUUCCGGAAACUAGAGGAAAGUCAUUGCAACAGAUACAGGACGAAUUGAGCGGGGAAAAGGAGAGUAUACCCUUGAGGAUGAUGAAUGGAGUUCAACAAUGAGGUGUAUGAAGAUUCGAACAACGUUGGAAUCAUCUCAAACAUUGCACUGUUCAAAAGCUUUCUAUAGUCAAAAGCACGAGAUCAAAGGCGUAUCGUAUUAUGGUAGAUCGUCCAUUAUUGUGCGUAUACACCGUAGUCAAUGUGAAAAAGAAGAAGAACGACAAUAUUCACGGAGCAAUUUGAAAUCAUCCAGAAAUAACCAGUUAUAUUUCCUUCAUUUGUAUCCGAAAUUACUGUCUUUUCUUUUUCCAACGAGUGAGGGACAUUAAUGUUCAAUCAUUUGAUUCAAUUGUCGGAAUCGAAUAGAAUUUUGAUACUUUUGUGUGUCAUUUUGUAUUAAAAGAAUCGAUUUUGGAAUCAUUUUGGCCAAGUGAAUCUUCAACUCACCAAUUCAACCAAAUUUUCUUCAAAUAAUUGUAAUAAAAAAAUUAUAAAAGCAAA